UGGGUGCAAGAGACACAGAGGGGUGUGGGGGAAGAAGGGUCCAGCCAGCGGAACCGAGGCACCCCAAGAGUUCAGGGUCAGGACCCAGCCGAGGACCCUGAGCCCUCAGUCUGAGUCAACGAACUCCCGCGGAAUGUCGAAGUCGGUCCCACCCAGGCCCCCAAUCUAGGUCACCCACGGGGAAGGGCUGAGCUGGGGGCUGUCUGCUCCGGAGGUGGGCGAGGAGUGAAUUGAUUCAGACCCUGCCCCUCGCUCUUCCACGAGAUUGUAAUUCCAUCUCUGGCGGGUCGAGCCGCCCUCCCUCCGGCGGCCAGUGCGUCCCUCCCCUCGGCCUCCAGCGUCCACUCCCCAGCCCCGAAAAGCCCUGCAGCCGAGAGAGCCCGCUUCACUCCAGCACGCCAGGCUCCCAGCUGCUGCCUUGCCUCCUCGGACUCCCGAGGGGCUCCUGAUUCAGCUCCCUGGGCUCCCCGCCUUCUCAUCCGCGCGCCACUGGCGUCCCCACGUCCCCCAGGAGACGCCCUUUCCCCGCGCGCCCGGGACUUGGUGAAACUUUGCAGACACCGUCGGUGAGAUGGAUUUAACCCCAACCUUCUUGCUCCGUUUCUUGCUCCUGGCCUGCAGCCUCCCGCUCAACGCCGUGUCACUCCGAACCGCUCUGCGAAAAUCAGGCAAAUUGGGGCCUCCUCUUGAGAUCAAGCUGGGAGCCUUGAACUGUACAGCUUUCAACAUCCAGUGGAAAACACCGAAGCGUUCUGGUAGCCCCGUCAUUGGGUACACAGUAUUUUUCUCUGAGGUUGGUUCAGAUAAGUCUCUCCAAGAGCGGUCACACAAUGUACCUGCUGGCCAGGACACCCUAAUCACUGAGGAAGUGAUUGGAGAUCUGAAGCCAGGCACUGAAUACCGAGUGAGCAUAGCUGCUUACAGCCAGACUGGCAAAGGGAGACUUAGCUUUCCUCGGCAUGUGACCACUUUGUCUCAAGAUUCCUGCUUGCCCCCUGAAGCACCCCACCAGCCACAUGUCCUUGUGGUUUCUGAUUCUGAAGUGGCCCUCUCUUGGAAACCUGGAGAGAAUGAAGGAAGUGCCCCAAUUCAGUUCUACUCUGUGGAGUUCAUCAGGCCAGAUUUUGACAAGAGCUGGACCAUAAUCCAAGAGCGGCUGCAGAUGGACUCCAUGGUUAUCAAAGGCCUUGAUCCAGACACCAACUACCGGUUUGCUGUGAGAGCCAUGAAUGCCUAUGGCUUCAGCCCACGCAGCCGGCCCAGCAACACCAUCCGAACCCUGGGCCCAGAGGAGGCAGGAAGUGGCAGCUAUGGACCUCGGUAUAUCACCAGUACAGGAGUGAAUGAGGAUGAUGACGGAUCUGAAGAUGAACUGGAUCUGGAUGUGUCCUUUGAGGAGGUUAAACCACUUCCUGCUACCAAAGCUGGGAGUAGGAAGGUCUUGAUAGAAUCCAAGAAGACUUCUCUCUCUAACCCAGAGAUGGGUUCUAGGCUUGCACAACCUACCCCAGCAUCUCUCCCUGAAACUACAGUGGCCAUCCCACACACCCCUGCCCAGCGGAAGGGGAAGAACAGUGUGGCCAUGAUGUCAAGGCUCUUUGACAUGUCCUGUGAUGAAACUCUCUGCUCCGCUGACAGCUUCUGUGUCAAUGACUACACCUGGGGAGGCUCACGAUGUCACUGCAACCUGGGCAAAGGGGGCGAGGGCUGCUCGGAAGAUAUCUUUAUCCAGUAUCCUCAGUUCUUUGGUCACUCCUACGUAACCUUUGAGCCUCUGAAGAACUCUUAUCAGGCAUUUCAGAUCACUCUGGAAUUCAGGGCAGAGGCAGAGGACGGCUUACUGCUCUACUGUGGGGAGAGUGAACACGGGAGAGGUGACUUCAUGUCCCUGGCUCUCAUCCGACGCUCCCUCCAGUUCAGGUUUAAUUGUGGAACCGGGAUUGCCAUCAUCAUAAGUGAGACCAAAAUCAAACUUGGGGCCUGGCACACAGUGACACUGUACAGAGAUGGGCUGAACGGGCUGCUGCAGUUGAAUAAUGGCACCCCGGUGACAGGCCAGUCCCAGGGCCAGUACAGUAAAAUUACCUUCCGGACACCUCUGUACCUCGGUGGCGCUCCCAGCGCUUACUGGCUGGUGAGAGCAACGGGGACAAACCGUGGCUUCCAAGGCUGCGUGCAGUCACUUGCUGUCAAUGGCAGGAGGAUUGACAUGAGACCCUGGCCACUGGGGAAAGCCCUCAAUGGGGCUGAUGUAGGGGAAUGCAGCAGUGGAAUCUGUGACGAGGCCUCCUGCAUCAACGGAGGAACCUGUGCAGCCACCAAAGCUGACUCCUACAUCUGCCUCUGUCCCCUGGGAUUCAGAGGUCGGCACUGUGAAGACGCAUUCGCCCUGACCAUCCCUCAGUUCAGAGAGUCGCUGAGGUCCUACGCUGCCACACCCUGGCCCCUGGAGCCCCAGCAUUAUCUUUCUUUCACGGAGUUCGAGAUCACUUUUCGGCCAGACUCAGCAGAUGGUGUCCUUCUGUACAGCUAUGACACGGGCAGCAAGGACUUCCUGUCCAUCAAUAUGGCUGAGGGCCACGUGGAAUUCCGCUUCGACUGUGGUUCUGGGACUGGAAUUCUCAGGAGUGAGGAUCCCCUCACCCUCGGCCAAUGGCACGAGCUGCGUGUGUCUCGCACAGCGAAGAAUGGUAUCUUACAGGUGGACAAGCAGAAGGCGGUAGAGGGAAUGGCAGCGGGGGGCUUCACCCAGAUUAAGUGUAAUACGGACAUUUUUAUUGGUGGAGUCCCAAACUACGAUGAUGUCAAGAAGAACUCGGGCAUCCUCCAUCCGUUUAGUGGGAGCAUCCAGAAGAUCAUCCUGAAUGACCGGACCAUCCACGUGAAACACGACUUUACAUCUGGUGUGAAUGUGGAGAAUGCGGCCCACCCCUGUGUGGGGGACCCCUGUGCCCAUGGGGGCAGCUGUCGGCCCAGGAAGGAGGGUUAUGAGUGUGACUGUCCCUUGGGCUUCGAGGGUCUGAACUGCCAGAAAGAGUGUGGGAACUACUGUCUCAAUACUAUUACAGAAGCCAUCGAGAUCCCACAGUUUAUCGGCCGCAGUUACCUGACAUAUGACAAUCCAAACAUCCUCAAGAGGGUGUCUGGAUCAAGAUCAAAUGCCUUCAUGAGGUUUAAGACAACCGCCAAGGAUGGCCUGUUGCUGUGGAGGGGGGACAGCCCCUUGAGACCCAACAGUGACUUCAUUUCCCUGGGCCUUCGGGAUGGAGCGCUGGUGUUCAGCUACAACCUGGGCAGUGGUGUGGCUUCCAUCAUGGUGAAUGGCUCCUUCAGCGAUGGCCGGUGGCACCGAGUCAAGGCUGUCAGAGAUGGCCAGUCUGGGAAGAUUACGGUGGAUGACUAUGGAGCCAGAACAGGCAAGUCACCUGGCAUGAUGAGGCAACUUAACAUCAACGGGGCUCUGUAUGUGGGUGGAAUGAAGGAAAUCGCUCUUCACACCAACAGACAAUACAUGCGAGGCCUCGUGGGCUGCAUCUCCCAUUUCACACUGUCCACUGAUUACCACAUUUCCCUUGUGGAAGACGCUGUGGAUGGGAAAAACAUCAACACUUGUGGGGCUAAGUAACACCAGCUGGCCUUGUCCAAGGGACAUAGCCUCUAUCCUGAACAUCCCAGGGGCCCAGAGAUCCUGCCUGAUGCUGCACACAGAGGUCUGGGAAUCAGAUGUGGUUCCUGUCAUCAAGGACAAAGUACACCCUGAUGGGAACCAAGACUGGAGGCCCUGGAUGGCCUUCUCUGCAAACGCUCUGUGGGCCAAGCCCAAUGAACUACUGUGGAUAGGAAGCAUUGGACUUUGUGGUUCAACAUAUAGAGUCUGUGAGAGAUCAUACAUCGCACCAAGUUCCAGGGACUGUUUGCUGUAACUCAAUGGCUAUGUUGUGUUAAAGAAUGAGAGCAAGACUGAGUGAAAAAGAGAGUGAGUGAGCGAGAGAGAAUCAGAGAGAGAGAGAGAGAGAGAGAGAGAGAGAGAGAGAGAGAGAGAACCCCCAGAACAGUAUUAAAAUACUUCUGCCCUUCCCUGACUUCUGACACUAGCAGACUGAUUGUGUGACCCUGAACUUCAUACUCUAAUCUUGGCCUACGGAUUGUGUAGAUUACCCCCUUCCAUUCUUCACUGGCUGACUCAAUGUGCUCUCACUAGUCCAUAAAAAUAAAGGUUUGGGGGAAAUUACACAUAGAAUCAUAAUCAUCCUGUGGCUCAUACUGUGGCCCCCUUCCCCAAGCUUACCUCUAAUGCAAAAGUCCUUUUUUAUGAUGCAAACUGAAGAAAAUGGGCAGCACCCCUCCCCCCGAUUUUGUAGCUGUACUUUUGUAUGUGUCUAUUUUUAUAGCCGCAGACUGUCCACACUGACGGUGUGCUUUUGCAAGUUAAGGUGGAUGAUCUUAAUUAUGGCACACUUUCCUAAUAGUUUUCUGGCAAAUGAGAUAGGUUUGGGCCAUAUGUAGUGUCAAUGAAGGGGUAGAGUGACUAUGGGGGGCCGCUGGGAGAGGUGGCCACUUUCUUUCAGUGCAUGCUGAGGGUUCAAGGGAAUGGAUGUGAUGCUGUCCAGAGUGAAGAGACUAAAUGGAACGGCAUCACUGAGGUGGGGCACUGCCACAUUGUUUUAAGUGAGGGCGAGUAUCUGUAAUAAACGUGAAUAAAGGGGGUGAGGAAGA